GGGAGACGCGUUGGCAAUUUCCUAAACACAGAGUCACUUUAGUAUCAUCUGAGGCUAGGGCCGGGGAGAGGAGUGUGUGUGUAUGUUGGAUGUAACACCGGCUGGAAGGUGACCUGCUGAAACAGAAGACUGUUGGACACCGAUUUGACAUGAGCAGGGUGUCCUGACAUGGACAAAGAGAUGAUUCCCAAAUUUUCGUCAAAGGAUGAGGAAGUUGAUUACUGGAAGUCCCAAGCCCUCAAAUAUAAAAAAAAUUGCCAUGAUGCCCAGGAGGAGCUGCAGGAGUUCCAGGAAGGGAGCCGGGAGCUGGAAGCAGAGUUGGAGGCACAGCUUGGCCAGGCCGAACACCGCCUUCGAGACCUCCAAAGUGAAAACGAGAGACUGAAGAACGAGAUGGCCAACCUCAAGGAGAAGCUGGAGCAGCAGUAUGCCCAGAGUUAUAAACAGAUUUCUAUGCUAGAGGAUGACCUAGGCCAGACACGCAGCAUCAAGGAGCAGCUCCACAAAUACGUUCGAGAGCUUGAGCAGGCCAACGAUGACCUGGAGAGAGCCAAAAGGGCAACAAUAGUGUCUCUUGAGGACUUUGAGGGCCGUUUAAACCAGGCCAUUGAGAGAAAUGCCUUCCUGGAAAGUGAGCUGGAUGAGAAAGAGUCUCUUCUAGUAUCUGUGCAGCGGCUGAAAGAUGAAGCACGAGACCUGAGACAGGAGCUGGCAGUACGGGAGCGGACUACAGACAGGAUGUCAGCACCCAGCUCACCCACCUUAGACAUCGACAAGAUGGAUUCUGCAGUACAGGCCUCUUUAUCCCUCCCAGCCACACCUAUGGGAAAGAGCAUAGAGCACCCCUUCAUCAACUCAAAAGCAUUGACCAAUGGCUGUGGCAACUCAUCCCUCACUCCUUCUGCUAGAAUCUCAGCUCUUAAUAUUGUUGGUGAUCUCCUGAGGAAAGUUGGGGCUUUGGAGUCCAAACUUGCCGCCUGUAGGAACUUUGCCAAAGACCAAGCAGCAAGAAAAAAUGUCUCCAAAGACAACAGCACACUCAUCAAUAGCAAUGCCACCAAGUUCUCUCACUCUCUACAUACCACUUACUUCGACAAAACGACUGUUAAUGGAUUGGACCCCAGCUCCUUGACCUCCAUGACAACAUCCAGAACUGUGUCUCCACCAGGCAUGCUGCCUCUGAGUGUGUGAGGUGUCCCCACACCACAUAAACCUCUACUGAAACUCCUAUCCACCCAACACAAUGUGGGAACAGAGAGGACACUUGAAAGACCAUUGCAUUGUGUGUGAGUGUAUGAGUGUGUGUGUGUGUGCAUGCAUGCAAGAGUUUGAAAGGGAGAGUGAUGUGUGUGUUUGCCUGUUUGGGAUUGUGCAUUUUUGAACGUAAUGGUUGAAAGAGAAGUUUGAUUAUACAUUGAACUUGCCUCCAGUUGCAGCUCUAAAUGCGUCUGUGAGUAGGUGCACAGUGAUGUGUGCGUACGUUCCUACCACAUACUUGCAUGUGCCUAAAGCUGUACUGUACUGUACUCAUAUGAAUGUCACUGCAAAUGCAUUGCUCUGUAGAUGUCAACUCUGAAGUGGCACCGUUAUACUCUUAGUUCCACUGUUCAUCUGAAAACUACUAUCCCUGACAAAAGGUCCUUAACAGACCACAGCUUCCUCACAACUUUCUUUUCCUCCUGUUUUUUCACUUAAAGUACACAGUUAAACUAAUUUCAAUUUAGAAUGUAUUAUAUUUAAAAAGGGAUAUGUUCAUAUUAACUAAUUUAUUCACAGUAUGCUUUAAAAUGCAAUGUUUCUUAUUUGCUAUUUUCUUGCAUGUGUGCAUAUGUAAUGUGGGGCUGGGAGAGGUAAAGUUGGACCCCAUAUUCAUGACUGAAGUGAAUGUUGAUCGUUCAAAGCCAUGUAGCCUUAGUACAGUCGUUCCUCUUGUUACUGGCUACUUGCUGUAAUUCAUUUUGAAGUAGUCUCCAUGUUAAAGUUUGGGAAUAUCAGCUGGUUCUGUCCUCUGGGUUAAACCUGCACUUAAACAAACUGCUCCUCGCAGGUUUCGCUGUUUUCCUCUGUGGACAUCCAUUGACAUUUCGAGGGAACAGUUUUGCCUUUUUUUUUAUGUUUAAUGUAUAGAUUUUUUUUGUUCUUGUGACAGGCUCAUUUACCUCAUUCUGAUGUAAUGGAAAAUAUCCACGGUGAAUUCGUAAUAUGAGUAGGUGGAUUUGGCUUUAUAUAACUCACACAUAAAGAUACACAAAGCAAAACAAAACUGACUCAAGGAUCCCUUUUGAGACUGUUUGUUAAAUUUGGCUGCCGUAUGUGAAUUCAUGGUCCAUUGUGGCAUUUGUGUCAUGCAGCAUAUUUGCCAAUUAUCUGUUAUUGUGUGAACUUAAUGUUAAUUUGACUUGACUCAUAGAUUUUUAGCAGGUUGGAUAUUGGCAAUGCAUUCAUAUUACAUACCAAAAUUAUGUCUAAAUCCAUUUUGCCCACAUAUAUCGCCCUCUCAUAGACCUUUGUGUCACCAUCUUGACAUGUUGAAGCAUAAUUUGAAGCCUUUAGUAUUCGUUUUUAUUUGAUAAUAUAAGAUGUCAUUAUGGGCACUCUGUGAGCCUGUUACUAAAAUGUGUUCUACAGUCAGUGUAUAUAGCUUGUAAGGAUGGUAAUUUUGCCUACCACAUUUGUACAUACUGACUUUAAGGUCCUAUUUAUUUCAGAUUCUGUAUGGCAUGUUCAGAUAAUUAAUGGUUAAAGCCAUUGUAUUAUGAUAUAAAAUUGUUUGUCAAAACUGUUUAAGUAAAUAAAGAUUGAGAUGACA